UUCGUCAAUGGUGUUCGUCAACAACCUUUCUUGCUUCAACGUUUCUUUUGAAUGCGAACCUCCGAAAGCGUCUUGGGCUAGCCUCAACGCACCUGCCCGAAACAGAACGACCGAAAUGCAUGAAAAUAUUACAUCGCGAUUUGCUAACAAGGCGUUGGGUUCGGGUCUAGUUUUAGGUCGGCGCACGUCGACAUCGGCUGUCACGCAUCAUGUGUCAAACUGCAGAGAGAAUAAACCUGGGAACCACAAGCAAAUCACUGAUUGCCGAUGGUCAAAAUAUUUGAGGUCCGAUCGGUUCCGACAUCCCUUUGGGAGUGUACAGUGCAACUCAUUGAUCCCAUCCACUGCCCUUGACUAUGGCAAAAACCCUCGCAAUAAUUGUCUCAUCAAGUGGCUAGAUCCCUCCCGAAUGGUCCAAGAGUGCCCCAACGAUUUGUUCACCACGAAACCGUCCCGGGAAAUUGCCUGCAGAGACGAUCUAAACUUUCAGCUUGCCUUCCAGCACAUCAACAUCUACGUCUCAGACGAUUGUCCAUCGAGUUGCCAUCGAGCGUCAUGGCGCAAAGAGAAGAUUUGGGUUGUCCUGGCUAAAACCUGGGGUGUUGUCAAUAGCCCACAAUCAAGAUAUUUGAUGUCCGACGCGCGGCUCACUCACUGCCGAAACGGGAGUGAAUUUGUAUGUGCUGUACUCUGA